UGUAAUAUAUAUAUAUAUAUAUAUAUCUGUAUAUCUCUGUGAGAUGAAAGCGCGUUGAAGAUAUCCGAACUAGCAAAGGCUUUGAUUUUGAUUCUCUUCCACGGAAAAGUUGCAGACAAAUCCUGAAUUUUGAACAGCCCAUCAAAACCCUAAUUUUGGGUUUUCUUUCAGAUCAGUUCUAAAGGUAUAAUCAGUUUUAUUCAAUAUCAAGCGAGGGAUUGGAAAUUUGGCUUUGGUUUUCAGAUUAUCAUAAUUUUUACUUGAAUUCAAGGGUUUCAUGUUCUGUCGCGAGUGAUUACGAAUCGUAAUUUACGAUUAGCAGAUGAACUUGGCCAGAAGUGAAUCUUUGUUUUUUGAUUAGUUUGACCAACGUUUACUUGUGCAAGAAUUAGAUUGGCUGUUUGUUUGUUGGUCAUUUGAUGGGUGGAAUUUGUGGUAAGCCUUCUGUCAUCGAAGAUGGCAGGGGGAGCCCGAGUUCAAGGGAUAGGGUGCCGAGUAAAGCUUCAUCAGAACCGCGAGGAUCGCGGUCCAAAAGGGUAGAAAGUUUUAGGGUGAAGAGUAGGGCUGAGGUAAGAACCGGAUCCCUUGACAAGAGACAGAGUUCUUCAAGACGCGUUCGUGAUGAUCAUUACGAGAAGAAGAGAGAGGUGCCUGAAAUGACUAUUGGGACAAUCCCGAAAGCUAUAGAAGGUGAACAGGUUGUGGCAGGUUGGCCUUCUUGGCUUGUUGCUGUAGCUGGUGAAGCUAUCAAUGGAUGGUUACCUCGACGAGCAGAUACAUUUGAGAAAUUAGAUAAGAUUGGCCAAGGAACAUAUAGCAGUGUCUACAAGGCUCGUGAUCUUACAAAUAACAAAAUUGUUGCUUUAAAAAGAGUGCGAUUUGAUAAUAGGGAUCCUGAGAGUGUCAGGUUUAUGGCGAGGGAAAUUCUUAUUUUGCGAAGGCUUGAUCAUCCUAAUAUAAUUAAGCUGGAAGGGUUGGUCACUUCUCGCACUUCAUGCAGCCUGUACCUGGUUUUUGAGUACAUGGAACAUGAUCUUACUGGACUCGCAUCGCUACCCGGGGUCAAGUUCACAGAACCACAGGUUAAAUGUUACAUGCAGCAGCUGCUACGUGGACUUGAUCAUUGUCAUAGUCGUGGUGUCCUGCACCGUGAUAUUAAAGGGUCAAAUCUUUUGAUUGACGAUCAUGGUGUCUUGAAAAUAGCAGACUUUGGUUUGGCAAGUUUCUUUGAUCAGGGUGAAAAUAUGCAAUUGACAAGCCGUGUUGUGACUCUUUGGUAUCGACCACCGGAACUUUUACUUGGAGCAACUCAUUAUGGAGCUGCUGUUGAUUUAUGGAGCACUGGAUGCAUCCUCGGAGAGCUAUAUGCUGGCAAGCCUAUCAUGCCUGGUCGAACGGAGGUUGAGCAAUUGCAUAAAAUAUUUAAGCUUUGUGGUUCACCAUCUGAAGAUUAUUGGAGAAAAUCGAAAUUACGUCACUCGGCGGUGUUCAAACCUACACAGCCUUAUAGACGACGGAUUGAAGAAACUUUUAGAGAUAUUCCUUCAGUUGCUAUUGGGCUUAUGGAGACCUUAUGUGCAAUAGAUCCUUCACAUAGAGGAACUGCAUUGUUUGCUUUAAAGAGUGAGUACUUUACAACCAAACCUCAUGCAUGUGAUCCUUCAAGUUUACCAAAAUAUCCUCCCAGCAAAGAAAUCGACGCAAAAAUGAGGGAGGAAGAAGCUAGAAGACAAAGAGCGGAAGGAGGUAAGGGCCAAAAGAUUGACAAGGAAAGCCGAGGGCCAAGAGAACCUCGGGCAGUUCCAGCUCCUGAUGCUAAUGCCGAGUUACCUGCGUCAAUGCAGAAAAGGAACGAGCGAUCAAGUUCAAAGAGUAGAAGUGAGUACUUCAACCGGAACAAGGAUGACACAGCUUCUGGUUUCCCUAUUGAGCAACCAAGACUAUCACAUAAUUCAAAAGAAGUGCGUAACGAUAUGGAACUUCCUCCUCCAAUGAGGGAAUCCUAUUCUGGGCCAUUGGUUGCAGGCGCAUGGACAAAAUCAGGGAAGAAAUAUGAUGAUGUUUCAAUCACAAGCAGAGCUGACUUGUCUGCACUCUCUGGUUUAGUCAGUUCCAGGACAUUGUUGGCUGAAGAUCGUGAAAAACGUGUUCCUUCCCAGUUAGAAACAAGUCAAAUGGGCAGGCUAUCAGAGUUCACCCAAGAUUUUGGACACUCAAGAAAGCAUGACCGGAAAGAUCUUUCCUGGAGCAUGGCUGGUCCUCGCCGUAUUGAAAGUGGAAGAUCCAGUACUAAAGAACCAGCUGCGAAUGGUCAUGGAUACAAGGGAAACAACAAGAUCCAUUUUUCUGGUCCAUUGGGUUCAUCAAAUGUUGAUCAGAUGCUUAAAGACCACGACCGUCAUAUUCAAGAAGCUGCAAGAAGAGCGCGGCUUGACAAGACCAGGCUCACUAAAGCCGAGGCCGAAAUGAUGUCAAAUCCUGUGUAUAUGUCUAGUCGUCGAGCCAGGUAAGAGCUUGGUUCACCCAUAGGAAAACCAAGCUAAGCUUAAGCCGGUGAGAGAGCCAUGAGCUCUCCCCUGUAACUCUUUUAACUUUGUACAUAGAAGUAAUUAAAUAUUUUUGUUUUGCAACUUAUUAAUAUUUUGUGUGGGAAUAUAGGAAAAAUAUGGCAUAAAUUUUGAAGCAGAAUCUGGUUUAUAAUUAGUACAUCAAGUAUUUGUAGUUGAAGGUUGUUCUACCUCGAGUAACAAAUCUUCGUAGUUUACCC